AUGAAUCAGACGAAAAAGACGAAAGAGAUGAGACAGGGAAGGAUUGAUGAAAUUGAUCUUUUGGAUCAUACAGGAAAUUUAUUUGGAAUCGGAUCACCAGUAUUAGCAUUCAGGCAAAGUUUAGAUACUGUUCGACCCGAUUUACAAAAUUUAGAAAAAGGUUCAAAAAAUAAUCAUAGAGAUAUUUCAACUUUUCUUGUGUGA